AAAAAAAGUUUCGUAUUUAUGGUUAUGACCAGUUUGUUGUGUGAUAUUAUUAAUUUGUCUCGUUUUAUUCAAUAAUUAUUAGAUACUAAUUAAUAUAAUGGAGAACGCCGAAGAAAUAUUUCACUUUCUUGAAGACUUCUCCAAACGCAAGCCUAAAACGAUUCCACAAGAGCUUAAUGAAUACUUGGCAUACGUAGCUCGAACCGGUGAUCCAGUCUACCAGUGGUCACUUGUGAAAAGUUUAUUCAAAGAAAAGUUGCUCUCAGUUAUCACUGAUUUUUACGAGACAACUCCAGGUAUUGACAUUCCACCUUAUCCAAAUGUGGAUCCAUUUAAUUAUGACAUUAUGAAGAAUAGCCUAUUAGAACGCCUAGAUUCAUUCACCUCAGCACCUUUUACAGUACAAAGAAUUUGUGAAUUACUUACGUUUCCGCGAAAACAAUACAAUCGGGUUGACAAGUUUAUGAGAGCAAUAGAAAAAAACAUUUUAGUGGUGAGUACCAGAGAGCCUGGCAUACAACGUCAUGCUGAACCAGAAAAUGGAGAACCAGUUGAACCUAUCGUAAACGGCUCAGACAAUAAUUCUGAGUACAAUGUAGAUGUUGAGAUGGAAGAUAUGUCAUGGAAAGAAAAUGCCGAACAGCCACAAAGCUCAGAACCUCAACCAGGGUCAUCUGAUGCUCAAAUAUCUGUAGAUGAUAUUGAAGCUCGAUUAAAAGCCAAACAAGAGACUCCGAUGGAUACUCAAGAUAAAAUCACCACACAAUAUGAGUCUGUAACACCUCCUGAACUUAAUAUCACUGCAGAUGAAGCAACUGAGGAGACUAAACCAUGUGCCGAAACAGCACCACCUUCUACAGUAUCUACCGAGGAAUCCAAAAUGGAAACAACUACCUCAGAAAGUGCAAGUGAGGAAGCAAAAGUUGAUGUCGAAAUGAAGCCAGAGAAUGCAGCACCAGCUUUAGUUAUUCCAGAAAUCAAAGUUGAUGAUGCUGAAAUGACAGAACAAAGACUUACAGAGCAAACAUCACCAGAAAAAGUGGUGAGCACUGAGCCAAGUGACAAGGAAGCUUCGGCUUCAGAAACAAAGCCUGUGGCGGAUCCACAGCCUGUAAGCAUUGAUGAAAAUAGCUCAGAUUCCACAACAAAAGAAGAUAGUGAACCUAAGUUAAUAUCUGAAGUUUCCACAUCUAGUGAGGAAAGUUCAUCGUCAAGUGACAACACUGAUGGAAAUAGUAAUUCACCCAAGGCAAAUGAGAGGCACAUCGAUGUUCAAGAAGAAUCCAACCAAUCAGAUACUCCUUCAGACACAGCAUCAGAAGAAAGUAAUGCAAAGGAAAAUGAACCAACUCCUGAAACUACGCCAGAAAGACCUGCAGAAGAAUCCUCUCCCAAAGUUGAAAUGCAGUCGGAUAACUAUUCAAUAUCAGAUGUUAACUCUGAGCUACCUCAACCACCACAGGAAAAUCCUAAGUCUCCAGAGGUACCUGAGGAGAAAAAAGAACCAGAAAAAAUUGAAGAAGUUAAGUCUGAAAGUACUGAAACAGAACAAAACAAAGAAUCAUAACUUACAUGACUACCUACAUAAUUUCACAUACUUUUUUAUUCUGUGACUGUUAGAUAUUAAGUAGAAAAUAAACAAAUUAUCCUUAGGCACUAUGAACAAUUUCAUGUGUUUAGAUCUUAAAUUCUAUUAGUGUAUUUUAGAUUUUUUCUCUGCUACCCGUUCCUGCUUGUAAUUUUUAAGUAUUUUACAAAGUUUUGUUACAGUAGUAUUUUGUAAUUAAAACUUAUGAUGAAGUGCUCUAUGGUAAUUUGUCUGAUUAAAUAAUAGAAAUAAAACGAAUGAUUGUAACUU